AUGGUGCAGACCCGUGGCCACCGGCAGGGACCAGGCAUCCUGGCCAUCGCGGCUACAGGACAGAAGGGCCCCCACCCCUGGCACGUUCUCGAGGGUAGAGCUCGAGAUCAGGAUAAGAGGGCUGGCGGGGAGGUGCCUAGGCCCCUGCACAGCCCCACAGCCCAGGAAGCCCCGCUCUGCGCGGACACAGGGUGCGUGGCCCCGGUCCCAGACACCCGGGCCGCCCCGCACGCGGCCAGGCCCCAGCCCUGCUACACGGGGCGGGCGCAGAAGUGGGGAGCUCUGCCCCGCUCCCCUCCCCACCUCCCCUAUCACGGUUUUUUCAAUCCCCUCUGCUCCCUAGAGAGGCUCGAGGUCCCCCAACCGAGCCCACCCAGGCCCCGCAGGGCACAGGUGGCUGUCAACGGCCAGAAGCGGGUGCCCGUCGCCUACCUGGGUCCGCAGAGAGGCGAGCGCCGGGACGGCGCGGCUGCGCUCUCCCCUCCGUGGGCUCCGCGAGGCGCCGGGGCUGACGACCCAUGUCCGCGCGGCGUCAGUUUCUCUCUGGCUCUCGGGCUUUCGGGGCUGGGAGCCUCUCGGACACUCCCCUUCCAGGCUCCUCCCGCGCCCCUCCGCGCUGAUGUCACCGCGCCGCCGCAGCCAAUGGCGGUUGGGAACCUCAGCCGGGCCGCUCGGCCUCCGCGGUUCAAAUCAGAAAGCCCGAGACCCCGGGAGCUUCGUAGGGGGCGGUUCGGGCCGGGAGGCCAGCCAGGACCCGGGCCGGUGGGGCCCCGGAGCGCCCCCGCCUGGCUGCGCUCCGGCCCUGAUCCCCCAACUUCCAGCCUGGGGCCACUGGGUCAGGGGCGUGACUCCCCCCGGGGGCCUAGCACGAGACCCUCCUGA